CGCUUCCGUUUCGCUGAUGGCCAACGUCACAGUUUGCUCGCCACGGACUGCCCCUGCCCCUCACCCGUAGCGUUGUCCGCUAUCGUUUAAAAUGUUACUUUUGCUACCCCUCCACCCCUCGCCCAAUGACACUACAACCACCACCACCACCGCCACAGCUGUCUGGAUAACAUCACCACCUUUUCACUAUCAGCAUCAGUCAUAUCAGCAAAUAUCAGCAACCAUGAACGCGGAGGGCCCGCCCGAGUUUCUGCUCGAAGCAUUCGCCGACCCUAACACGGUGCGGGAUGUUGUUCGCGGUAUUCUGCACACCAUAUUCUUUAUGCGUUUCUUCCAGUCCAUCCAGGCUGCCACAGCCACACGCGACUGUCUCGGGAUCGACCUCGCCUACGUUCCCGACUCCGCAAUCGAGACGCUGAUCGACCAGCGCGCAACAUCACUCGCACGACAACUAGACGCUGAGCGCCCAUCAGGAGGAGGUGGCCGCGGUCAGAUCACUGUUCAGUUCUUUGAGAAGAAGCGUCGUAAGGGGACCUGGUUCGGGGCCGACGAUGAGCUCUGCUGGGAGAGGUGGACCAUCAAAAUUACCGUCGCUGAACCCAAGACGGAGAGUGACCGUGCUAAGGUCCGGAAAGCAACCGAAACCACGCUCCGCUCUACCGUCUUCAAGAUCAUGACCUGUGUGACCGGCCACAUGGACCACAUCCCUCCCAUCACCGAAUCCAACGUCAACCCCUUCCCGUACCGCAUUUACAUUGGUAAUCCUCCAAGUAAUCAGCAAUCACCAUCAUCGCAACAAAAGGCUGCCACGGCUGCUGCUGGAGUCGGAGCUAGAGUCGACGCUGUAGCGGGUGGCUGGGCAAAGAAGAUGGGGAUCUAUUAGGAGGAUUUCCUCAGCAGUGACGCAGUCACAAAGGUGGUUGAUAUCGCAAAGGAUAUUGGUGACAAGGUUGCUGCCGCUACGAAGGAAGUUGAAAAGAAAUUUGACGUUUACCUGGCACAGUUGGAGGAAGAGGCCAGGAGGGCCGAGAUGGAAGAGGUGAGGAGAAAUGAGGAGUGGUUGCUAGUAGCUGAGGAGAGUCGGAAGAGGAAUAUGGAGCCGGCUGGUCAUGGUGGCGUCGAGGAAAAGAAUCUACCCACGGACAAAAAGCACGAUCACCAGCAGCUCCCCAAGAAAGAUGAUCAGUAUGAGGAGAUUCUCUAGGAUGUGGACGGUGCCUUGGAGAGGGACCACCCGAAAGCAGCUGUUCGAGUUCGGAAUCGUCUGUGUGUUCCUCAACAAUACUGCUGUCUGGAUCGCAGGAACUUGAUCCCAUAACAAUGGGGCAAAUCCUCCCUAAGAAAAAGGACACAGACCCACCGGGGCGGGACAUGGUCGAUAGUUGGGAAGAGCAAAAGCUGCAUGGUGUUUUCAGGGAUCAGAAGAACUGCAAGGAAUAAACGGGACAGGCGUUUGCUAAUUAGAAAAGGACGGGAAACGGGCGUUUGGAUUUGGUCAUUAUGCUUCAACGCUACAUUUGUAACACAGCAUGGAAGGGAGAACAGCAGGUUCAUGGUGGCUUUCGACAGUCAGAGGUGGGUAUCACGCGCAACAUGGCGGAUUACAGCGAGUCUAGGGAUACAACUGAAGGCGCUAGUCAUGGGUAGUUAUAGAUUUUCUUAUCAGGUAGGUACUAGGUUCAUCGAGAUACCCCUUUUUUUCUUGACUCUUUCUCUGCGAGGAGAGGAUACACAAUACUAUUACUUUCUAAUGUUG